GCCGUGAUCGGUGUCUGGAAAACGCUUCGACACAUGCAGCGAUACCAAAGCAAUAUGAUGCUGCCCUCUGCUUUUCUCUCAUUUUCUGCCUACCUGUUCGUCAUCCACCUGGCCACUGCCAACUCAUCUCCAUGUCUACCAGCUGAGUUUGUUGACGGCUACACUGUCUUCCUGAAGCGCCACCUGUCUUCUGAUGUCCCUGCCAGUCUAAAGUAUGAGGCCUGGGAAAAGUACCUCAAGGAGCACACAGACUGCGACCAGUCCCUCCAGUCCUUCCUCUCCCCUUCUGACAGGAACCGAGUGGAGAACAUCUGCACGCCGGCUGCAGGGAAGCAAGAGAGUGGGAACUACUGCAUCAGCAAGAACAACUUCACCUUCAUCUCUGUCAACAGUGAACUGGGCACCUGCAUCGUCAGAAAUGUUGCUGUAGUCACCCAGCACAUCAUCGUGGCCUGUGACAUGGUGGGUCACGCGUGCGUUCCAACCCAUCUGGAGGAGAACCGAAACAACCUGGUGCCCAGGCAGGAGGACCCAGACUGUGUCACAGCUGGCCCUAUUCUGGCACACAGCUUCAUGAUAAGAGCUGCAGGCCAGCUCUGUCUGCUGGCUCUGGCUUUCUAUUACUUAAUGGCCUAAACAUUGAAACUCUGAUUGUUUAUCUUUUGGCAAAGACAGUCAAGAAUUAGGGAUGAGGCUUGCAGUAUUAUACAGUAUUAUCACUGUAAUCAUCAUUGUAUCAUUUCAGAUUGUUUGACAGCACAUCAGUAUAGGGCCAGAGUCAGUGCUUGAGAGAGAGAGAUUGAGAAAGUCAGAACAGAAACAUCAGGAGGAAGCUUUCUAGUUAUAAUUUUGCUUUCUGAAAGCAAAAACAGUUUGUUUCAGGGUUCUCACUUUUUGAAACAGGAUUCUGUAACAGUAGUAUUGUCUGCUCUCAAGUGAU